AUGCACUUGAAAACUCUCUGCAGCGCACUCCUCUUAUCGUUCCUUCCCACUAUCACUGUGGCAUACGUCAGGCCUGACCUAUACUACAUCGUGAAUCGAGUUACCCCUCGUCGUGGCGCUCCACUAGCAGUUACCCUCUCUGGAGAAAAUAAGCAAGCUGUGAUUUCCACCAAGACAAUGUCCCCUACGCAGCAGUGGUACAUCACCGAAUUCGACGGCAAUGGACAGGCCAUUGUGUCUGCCUCUGACUCGUCCUUAAAAGCUGCUCGGGUUGGGAACUCUCUUACCACCAUCCCGCACAGUUCACAAGUAUGGAAUAUUGUCCAGACUCCUGAUGGAUACUACAGGAUCCAGAAUCCUGGAGGCGGGGCCAAGUGGGGAGUCACGAGCGCGGAUUCUGGAUCUUCGGUCGUAAUUGGAACCGAGUUUGGCCAGAAAGGAGAGUGGAUUAUUGAGGCGGCCUAG